UUGCGGUCAAAGUAGCAGAAGGGUGCACUUGCUUGUGGUUAAUUUUAGACAGUUUGAGUCCAAGCAAGUAAUGACGUCCACUACAAUGGACGGCAAACAAAGAAGUCCAUAUGCCUUGGCCCUUAUGCAGUUUUCUGCAGGGGGUUGUGCAGGUUUUGUGGAAGUGUCAAUCAUGCACCCUCUGGAUUUGGUAAAAACAAGAUUACAGAUCCAGCGUGGCCCUGAAGACCCUAACAGAUAUACCUCUCUGGCCGACUGUUUCCGUAAAAUGUACCGACAAGAAGGAGCCUUAUCAUUCUACAAGGGCAUACUGCCUCCUCUGAUGGCAGAGACACCAAAAAGAGCUGUCAAAUUCUUCACCUUUGAACAAUACAAAAGCAUGUUUGCAUAUGGCUCCUACCUCCCAGAAUCUGCUAUAUUCACACUGGCAGGACUAUGUUCUGGCCUAACAGAAGCAUUUGUUAUCAAUCCCUUUGAAGUUGUGAAAGUGAAAUUACAGGCAGAACGUAGCACAUUUACAGAGCAAAAGGGCACCAUAGCUACUGCCAAGGAAAUCUUAGCUCAGGAUGGCUUUGGUAAACGAGGGUUGAACAAGGGUCUCACAUCCACCCUAGGGAGACAUGGGGUCUUCAACAUGAUCUACUUCAGUUUCUACCAUAAUGUCAAGGCCAUGGUUCCUGAGUAUGAGGAUAAGAGGCUUGACCUGAUGCGAAGAUUUGCCAUUGGGUUGUGUUCUGGUGUUCUAGCUUCAUGUAUAAACAUUCCAUUUGAUGUGGCCAAAAGUAGAAUCCAAGGUCCCCAGCCCGUCCCAGGUCAAAUCAAGUACCGCACCUGCUUCGCCACAAUAAGGACUGUAUAUGCAGAGGAAGGGUUCUUAGCUCUAUAUAAAGGAUUGCUACCAAAGAUUUUAAGACUGGGACCAGGAGGUGCUAUAAUGCUGUUGGUCUAUGAAUAUGCAUUUGCCUGGAUGAAACAGAAUCUAUGAUGAUCCAGUUCUUAGUGCUAAAUAUCUCCAGUUACUUGUAAUAUGAUACUCCACAGAUUACAAAAGCCUGUUUUUUUAUAGAAUUUUAGUACAGCUGUAGUUAAACAAAUUAAGACAUGUGUUUGUCUGAAGCUGUUUGUUACCAUUCCUGUUUGUUUGUUCAAACAUUGGUUACAUCAAGUCUAAUAUAUGAAGCUGACUAAACUUAGUGUCGAAUAUGGAUGUAACCAAUUUGCAUUCAUAUGGUAUGGAUGUUUAAAAUAAAAUCUUAAAUCAUAUGCAAACUGUACGUCACUGUACCAGAUGUGGCCAAAGUAAUAGGCAGAAUUCAGAUUGCAGUUUCAGGUCAAAUUUAUCAAACCCAAUUGUUUAUAGUAUUGAAGCUUCUGUUUGGUAAAUUAAAAAUUCCUCGGACAAUCUAACAUCAGACAAAUACUUGUUUCUUUAUAUGAUAGCCUCGUGUCAUGUAAAAGAGAAAUGAGUCAAGAAGACACAAAUCCAAUAGCAUUCAUAGCCCUAUAACUAACAGUGUAUAGGGACUGCAGGGUGUAUAAAUUAUUCUGUAUGAACAUAUUGCAUAGAGGUUGUUUAUUUAUUGGAUUUUAUUUUCACUAAUAAGUCUGUCUAUAACAAAGAUGUGAGAGGUAGGAAUUAUGUCUGUAUGUAUAAUUUAUCUAUACUGUAUUUAUCCACAAUUAAGCCCCUGUCCACAAAUAAGCCCCCUUCUUCAUUUUUGCAAUAUCAUCAUUUUUUAAAUACAUUUACUAAGUAAGCUAACAGUGGUUCUCAAAUAAGCAAUUCCCAAUACUAUACCUUUAUACUAAGGAAGGGGACAUAUUGGAGAAUGAAUACGGUAUAUAUUUUUAUACCAGUAUGUUUGCGUGCAUGUGACCAUAAGAAUUUAUGUUUAGUAUAUUACAACAUACUACAAGUGUGUGAGGUGUGAGUUAAGUUAUUGGGAGGUCAGUUAAUUUUAUAGUAAACAUUAUGAAUUGAUCAAUACAGUCUGUGUAUAAAAUGUUUGAAAUAAAUAUUUAUGUACUGAUUAUGUUGAUACAAUCAAUUUUCAUUGUUUAUGGGUAGACAUGUAUUAAUUAUAACUGUGUGUCUGAAGUUUUUAUGUUGAGAGAUUCUGUGUCUGAAGUUCAUUUGUAGAGAGAUUGCUGAUUCUAUGUCUGAAGUUCAUGUGUUGAUGAAUUAUGUCUGUCUGAAGUUUAUAUAUUGAGAGAUUCUGUGUGUCUGAAGUUCAUUUGAUGAUGGAUUUUGUGUGUCUGAAGUUGAUAGAAACAUAAUACACAUUUAUGUGUGUGUUAACUGUUUGUGUGGUGUGUAAAGUGGGAAUUGAUACCUUAAAGAUACAUAAUACACAUUUAAAUGUGUAAAUUGUGUGUGUGGCAUGUAAAGUGAGAACUGAUAUGUUGAUGAUAAUAAAUUCUGUUUAUGAAAAGUAUGUGCCGAUAAAGAAUUUAAUUGUUUCUUUUGAUGUUGUAUAUAACACAGGAUUUACAUAAUAUAAACUGUGUUAUUACCAACAUCAGAUCACCAUGAUAUGGAAUUAUCAUUUCAAACAACCAUAGCAUCGAAGGUGGCAGUAUAUAUCAUCUUUUUCAUGUUUCAUUAUUGAUCAAUGAAUAACAUGUAUGUUUCAAGAAUGCUUGUACAUGUAUUAUAAAUAAUACCCGGUAGCAAUUCAUGAAACUGUUAUUUGGCCUGAUGUAUCACUUUUGUUAAUGGUCGUCUGAUAAAGUUUCAGUUUUGCUUGUAAUAGUGGUUGGUAUUUUAUGAUUUUCUGAUAAGCAAAUCUGUGAUUUAAUUAUGUUGUUUUCAAUGCUAGUAAUUUACUUUAUAAAAUCAAAGGUUUUUUUUGUAUAAUCAUUCGUAGCUACAUGGUUGUAAUGAAACCAUAGACACACCAUAACACACACAAAAAUUGUUUAUACAUUUUAGUGCUGUUUGUACCACUAAAUAGCUCAAACCACGUAAGAAAGUACACAAAAACAUUUUCAUGCUUUACCAAAUCAUUUAUCAUGUGAAUUGGUAAAAAAAUUUGAAUGAUAAAUACCUUGUACAUGUAUAAAGAAUUAUUACUCCAAAUGAUCCUAACUAUCUGUCUGCUUUGAAAUACUGCCAGUUAUUUCUUACCUACAGUAUUUUAAAACAGAUAGAUAAUCAGAAUCAGUUGAAUUAUGAAAUCAUAUACACGUCUGUACAUUAUUUUACCUGAAUAGUUUUAUUUUGACAUACUGUAAACGUGGCUAUUUUCACGGGGGUUUUAAUUUCGCGAUUUCGAUAUGUAAACUAUAUGCAUGGGGGUAAUUUUUGCGAUCAAUCCACCCAUUUGUAGUUCAAAAUUGUGCAAAUUGAUAUAAAAUAAUUAUGCUUCAAAAGGACUCCGAGUAAUUAGCAUAAAUUUCCCCCAACCCCUGUGUAAAUUUCCACGUUUACAGUAUGUAAAUUGCACGACAAAGAGCUAAAAAAUAAUUUGAACAUUUCUUCAUAAAGUUAUAAGUUGAUGUUCAAUUGUUUUUAGAGUUUAUCAGCUUUUAUAAUAUUGAAUUAGAAAUACAAAUCUGAUGACGGUGAAUGUUGAGUUUUGUAAUAAUAUCAAAGAUUUUUAUAUUAUAUACAUCAUGUUUUACACACAAGUUUCUAUAAAACUGGAAGUAUAGUGUUCAGCAACAUUAUAAUAAAUGUGUUACUUAUUGGUUGUAUAUACAUGUUACAAUGUUUAUUGGUUUCACAAACUUUCUGAUUUUUAUUCUAGUAUAGCUAUUGAUUAUUAUGACCCUUUAAUGACUUAAUUUUAUUUUUUGCUCUUCAUAUAAGUCUCAUUUUUAUGGCAGUGUUGUUUUCAUGGUUUUCUCUCUGUGAGAUGAACUUGAACCAUUUUAACACGGCAGCUUACAUUUCUGGUAUAAAAAUAAUGCAAUAUAUUCUUCUCUAUUUGAAAAUACAUAUGUAGCACUGUACACAAUAUAUCAGUAUUCCAGACGAUACUUAGCUGUCUCAAGUGACAUUUUGCAUGUUGGUCAAUCUAAUUAAAAUCAGAUGUCCAUUUGCACUACACUGCUCCGUAUGAACAUGGAGAAAUGGACAGUAGCGUAGUGCAAAUGUACAUAUGAUUUUAUUUAGAUUGCAUGUUGGUGGAAGGAGAGAGUGAAAUAUUUACUUCUGUAUCAGGGUUAGAUAUAUACAUACAGUUUUAGAAUCUGGUAUGGAAAAGUAUGAUAAUUGGCAGAGUGAUAUUUGUUUUCAAAAAUAUACAUUUGUAGUCACUAACAAAUUAUUAUAGAUUAUAUUGAUGUGUGUAGCUUCAAGCCACAAGCAAUAACCUGGCCUGUCAAUUCACAUUCAAUUUAAAGUCAUAACUGUUAAUUGUGUGUAUUGACAGGCAAGGCUGAUGCCUGUGUUUUAUUAAUGACCAUUUAUAAAAAUGUAAGGUUCCUCAGGUGAAAAGUCCAACUGGUUUUUUUUAGGUGAUGAUAAUUAUUAUCUCUUCCAUGCAAUAUACAUUGUGUUCUGAAACCAUGAAAUAGUCCAAUCAGAUAUCAAAAAUCAUAAUUAUUACUGGGAAAUAAAGCAUUUGCAACCAG